AUGGUGGAUGUGAUCAUGGCGGGUAUGUCCGAACUCAUCGAGGAGGAGUCCACAGGUUCACCUGCUGAAGAUUUGAGGGACGUGAUCUUGGAGGUGGCCCCACAGACGUGCCACCCCCCCUACGAUGUCACCACGCUUGACGCGCUCGACGCUGCAGCCGUCGUGAGCGUCCUGGGGAUGGAGCUGCUCAUGUCCCUUCUUAGUAUUUCACUCAGCUACCACCCGUGGAAGGUGAUCUGGCUCAUGCUGCCGCUGCUGGCGGCUGGGUGUCAGAUGGAAGCUGUAAAGCCAGGUGCAAGCUGCCAGGAAGAGCACCAGUCUCUCUGGGCACUUGCCGCAGCGCUGGUGUUGAUGCUCCAGAUCUUCUUGAUGUCCUGCCUGGAGGGCCAGGUGCUCCUCCCUGCGGGCUGCUUCCUUCUCCUGAACUUCGGCCUAUGGAGUAAGGCUGCCAGCUUUCCGCAGGAGCUCCCGAGGUCUCCCCUCGAGGAGGUGUCCGUGGUCGCCCCUGAGGAGGUGAGCCCGGAGAUCCCCAACACCCUAGUGGAGAUGGAGCUGGAAGAGAUGUGCAGCAUUUGCUUGAGGCCGUUGGGAGUCGAGCCGCUCCGACGACUGCACUGUGGGCAUGCUUUCCACCAGGGCUGCAUCGAUCCUUGGCUUCGCAGUGUGAGACGCGGCGAAACCCGGUUGUGCCCCAUGCGGUGCGAAAACCCGCAGGUGCCCCGGGCUCCGCUUCAACGGAACCGCUUGGCGGCGGUGGGUGGCGCCUGA